UUAACCAUGCAUUAUAUUUUCGUCAGUUCAGAGUUAUCAAAUCAAAAUUAGGGUUUAAUCACAGAUUCAAAUUGGAAGAUGGGGGAUGACGAUACGAAUCGCUGGCCCAAAAUUAUUCCUGAGAGAAUUGUGUCCUGGUCCCCUGGCCGUGGACGUGAAAUUUCCGAUGUGGUCGACAAGAAGAUCCUGCAUGCGUUUAAGGGAGUUAAAUCGUUUCCUUUAAAGCGGAUAAUCAUUCAGUUUUGGCGACCGGAAACAAUCGGCGGCAAGAGACUACUUGCAUGUUACGGUUGCCCGUAUGCCCUUUCGCUUGCUAACCAUCGUCUCUGGAAAUAUAGGUCACGUUGUAUCAAGUAUUACUAUAGCAUUGAUGAUCUGGGUGUUCCAGACGACCCUAUGACCAUAAGCGGUGCUCCUCCAGCCACUGCAUUCCUGAACCAUUUUCCAGAGGUAGUUUUGGAUCUUAGGGUUCAUCGGGGGACUCCGUUGGUGGAUCUUGCGUUGGAAUGUGAAUUGACUUGUUUUAUGAUGAUUCCUGUGUUUUCUGAGACUGGCUGUGUUGGCAUCGUUGAAGUAUCUAUGAGAAUUCCGGCUGAUCUUCUUGUAAUAUUCAACGAUAUAAAACGCGAACUAAAGAGAGCCGGUUUGAGUAUCACUCCUCCACGCGCAUCUUGGCAGCCACACAAGAGUAUCGGUAUAACCAGAGGUGGUUUCACACUCGCCAAAAGCGAAAUCGCAGAGGCAUUACAAGUGGCUGUACAGUCGCAUGCCGUACCUCUAGGUCAAGUUUGGAUGGCAUAUGAGAAUCUUUAUGACCGGACGAGCCGGAUGUUAUUGGGCAAAUUGAAUCAUUUCUGUGUUAAUUUACCUGGCGAUCCUCUGUCUUCCGUUGAGUUUUUUUAUCGUGAUCUUGUACUCCUUUCUAUGAAAAAGAUGAUAACGGUGGAGGGGCUCAUUGGGAGGACACUUGCAACUCGUCAACCACACCUGUGCAAAAAUAUCCAUAAGUUGAGGGAUAAUAGAGGGGUGUUGGCGGUACUCUCUGCCAAUGUCAAGUGUGCUUCUUUUGUGAUAUGCUUGAGGAGCUCUCACACAGGAGAAGUUAACUACUUGUUUGAGUUCUUUUGGCCCCAAACUCUUGACCACUUGGCCUUGAUGGAGGCUCUGUUGUUGACGCUAAGGGAGCAUUUGCCAAGUUUCAAGUAUGCUUCUGGGGCACGACUUGGUGAUGAAUUACUUGUUGUAGAUGUUGACAAUUCUUCUUCAGGAAGUGCGAGCACACCUCUCAAGAUCUUCCCACGAAACAAAUCAUCAGUGGCGGGUAGGAAGAGAACAAGGGCAUCGUUGGGUAUGGAGACAAGGUCCAUUGAAGGCCAAAGUGAGUUGACCAACAUCAACGAUCCAGAAGGUGAUGAUGAUCUGAUCAUAUUAGCAGUUUAUAAAAUUGAUUACAGGUUAUUCUACCUCCCAAGCUCACCUACAUAUAAAGUUUUUUUGGAGAAAGUAUACCAGGAGUUUGACUUGAAUCCAGUUGGGACCUACACAAUCGAGUACCAAGUUCUUCCCGGUGACUGGUAUAGUCUAACGAAUGGCUCAUGCUUGAAGAGUUGUGUUUCAUCCUAUCGCACAUCGAAAAACAUUGAUUACAUUAAGUUGCAUGUGCGGGCAGUGGAGAAGUAGUAAUUAACUUUGGUUGUGUAGGAAGGUAUUAUUUUUCGUUGUGUGGUAAGGUUCAAAUCUAUGCUUCUGGUUCAAGGCUUCGUUCUUCCUCAACUCAACUCAACUCGCCUCUCUGGUUCGAGGCUUCGUUUGUUCUGCUUCUACAAAAGUUCAAUCUGUAAUUCAUAGUGUAGCCUACCAGCUUAAUCCCUAUGUAAUUCCUUCAACAUUGGACGUCUCCUUUAUUCUUAUAUAGGAGCACUACGACAUUACUCU